AUGCAAGUCCAAAGUAUGGAGGAAACGGCGAAAGAAAUUCAGAGGGAGGGUACACAGCCAUUAGAAGAUCCCGAGAGAGCAAAAACCACCCUCCCAAAUGAGGGCCCAACCAAAAAGGCUUCUGUCUUUUGCUUUAAGAAAAGGAAAAAACCCUGUAAAGAAGGAAAAGACAAAGACGAGGACCAGGAAUCUGAGUCGCUAAACUUGAAGUCCACAAACCAGCAUUCCAGCACUGUGUUGAACAGCGAAGCAGAGGAACCGAAGCCAUCUUGGACGUCAGGAGGAGCCUGGUUGGCCUUCAAGCGUCUUGUGACCUUGAGAAGGCGAUCCAAAUUUGCUUUGAAGAAGGAGGCACAGUUAGGUUCCCAGGUGCAAGUGGAGAGCAGCGCCGAAGAGUCUAGCCUGUCUCAUUUGCCUAAGGAACAGGCUAGUCCUGGGCUUAAAAUUUUCUGCCUGAGGUUCUCCAGAAGCAAGAAGAAGUCUGGUCGUCCUGAGACGGCAGAGGAGCUAGACCAGGGCGAGAAAACAAAGGAGACGACGAGCCUUUUGAAUGACAAAGCUACCAGCGAGCCCGAGAGCGUGGCCGUGGACAAUCCAGCGAGCAGUGUGCAGCCCUGUAGCAGAGGCCUUGAAGAGACCGACCGUGGUGUUGAAAUUACCCAUGGGGACAUGGUUAUCUCCUCAGGAGAGAACACGUUGGCGGUGGAGAUGAGGCCGGGCACUGAUCAGUACACAGACUGCCUCAUUCAGUCCGAAAUCAUCCAUUCUGAAACCGCGCUCGAAACCGAACAGGAGAAGCAGAUCUUCCAGCUACAUCUCGGGAGCCUGUACGGAAGUCCUGAAGAAGCAGAGAACAAGAAAAUCGACCUGGGUGUCGAGAUAGGCCCUCUCAUUUCCCAAGACCCGCCAGAAGACAAACCCAAAGCCUUUGAAGUCCAAAGUACCAAUAACAGGCACGCCCAAGAAGUGGAGCUGGAAACAUCUGCAAAGGAUGUUAAUGUGGGUGAGGAGAGCCAUGAGGCGAAGGAAAGACGUUCUGUGGAGGUUCUCCUCCACUGUAGCCCGUCUACGUUAGCCGAUGAGGCUUUGAGCUUGCCAAACUGCUUCACCGAGGAAGCGAAAUCCGAAGAAAAUGAAUUGCUUCAGGGAGCGGGCAUAGUUAUUACUAUCACCGAAGCGGAAGACUACCAGGACGAAGAGGAGGCCAGCCCGGCCUGCGAAUUGUUCCCGUUUUCUCAUACCAGCAAACCGAAAGGGAGCAAGAAACCAGGCAAAGGGAUCAAUUCCAGGGCAGGGAGCAGCGGUCGUAAGAAAGGAGGGGAAACUGCUUCCCAGGUUCCCUCGCCCUUCGGGACGAACGACCAGGAGUGCCGGACUCCAGAGCAGCAGGAGAUCCUCCUGGUCGAAACGGCCGCUUCCUUGGUCAAGGCGGCUAUUCAGUCGUCCAUCGAACAGCUGGUGAAUGAAAUGGCGUUGGAGCAGAACAAGCAAAACAGCUUCAUGUGA